AUGCAGCGGCCGGGGGAGCCGGGCGCUGUGCGCUUCGGGCCGCCCGAGGGCUGCGUCGACCACAGGCCGCACCGCUACCGCAGCUUCAUGAUCGAGGAGAUCCUCACUGAGCCGCCGGGGCCCAAGGGCGCCGCGCCCGCCGCCGCUGCCGCCGCCGCCGCGGGCGAGCUGCUCAAGUUCGGCGUGCAGGCGCUGCUGGCCGCGCGGCCCUUCCACAGCCACCUGGCCGUGUUGAAGGCCGAGCAGGCGGCGGUGUUUAAAUUCCCGCUGGCGCCGCUCGGCUGUUCCGGGCUGGGCUCCGCGCUGCUGGCCGCGGGGCCCGGGCUGCCCAGUGUGGCGGGCGCGCCGCACCUGCCCCUGGAGCUGCAGCUCCGCGGGAAGCUGGAGGCCCCGGGCGGCGGGGAGCCGGGCACCAAGGCCAAGAAGGGGCGUCGGAGCCGCACGGUGUUCACCGAGCUGCAGCUGAUGGGCCUAGAGAAACGCUUCGAGAAGCAGAAGUACCUCUCCACCCCGGACAGAAUAGAUCUCGCCGAGUCCCUGGGCCUGAGUCAGUUGCAGGUGAAGACUUGGUACCAGAAUCGGAGGAUGAAGUGGAAGAAAAUAGUGCUGCAGGGCGGCGGCCUGGAGUCCCCCACCAAGCCCAAGGGGCGGCCCAAGAAGAACUCCAUCCCCACCAGCGAGCAGCUUAGCGAGCAGGAACGCGCCAAGGAAGCGGAGAAGCCGGAGAAGCCGGCGGACGCGCCCGGCGAGGCCAGCGACAAGGGCCGCGAGGACUGA